GAGGAAGAAGCUGACGAAGAUGACUGGAACGUCUCAAUGGCUGCGGGUACUUGCUUGGCUCUUUUAGCUCAAUGUGUUGAAGAUGCCGUCGUAGCGCCAGUGAUUCCUUUCAUAGAAAAUCAUAUUCGUAAUAAUGAUUGGAGAUUCAGGGAGGCUGCUGUUAUGGCUUUCGGUUCAAUUUUAGAGGGUCCUGAACAUAAGUUACUUGCAAAUUUGGUAAACCAAGCUUUACCGGUUUUGAUUGAUAUGAUGAGAGAUCCAUCUCCUCAAGUUAAAGACACAACAGCGUGGACUCUUGGACGUGUAUCCGAACUUUUAAUAGAAUGUAUCAAACCUGACGUUCACCUUCAUCCUCUUAUCACCGCAUUGGUUUAUGGCUUAAAGGAUUCUCCACGUAUUGUGUCCAAUUGUUGUUGGGCCCUAAUGAGUUUGUCUGAUCAAUUCGGCAGCAAGGAAACGGCCCAGCCGUCAUAUCAUUUGUCUGCUUACUUUGAGGGAAUUAUCACUGCGCUGUAUCUUGAAGCGUUUGCACCAUUCCUUUAUGGUGCAUUAUCAAACCAUGAAGAAUACCAGCUUUGUUCAAUUGCAGUUGGACUUAUCGGAGAUAUAUGUCGUGCGCUCCAAGAACAAUCAUUACCCUAUUGCGAUACUUUUAUGAAUGUUCUGUUACAAAACCUUCAGAGCCCCGUGUUAAAUAGGAACGUCAAACCCGCAAUUCUUUCAUGCUUUGGUGAUAUUGCUCUCGCCAUAGGUGGUAGAUUCGAAGUAUACUUGGAAAUAGUAAUGCUGGUGCUCUUACAAGCCAGUAAUAUGCGUGCUGAUGGUGUAAAUGUGAUGACUAAUUAUGACAUGAUAGAUUACGUCAUUGCAUUAAGAGAGGGAAUACUGGAAGCAUAUGUUGGCAUUGUACAAGGCCUAAAGUCUGGUGAAAAAGUUGGCUUAUUUGUUAGUGAUUUGGCGGAAGCAUUCCAAAAUGGUCAGAUUAAGCAAUGGUUCCAGUACGAUUGUGUUACGCAGGUGUUAAGAGAAGGUAGAAACAAUCGUAAUUUGCCUAACGGAACAAGAGAAGUCACUCGAUGGGCUAAAGAG